AAGGGGAGGCGGGGGCUGCAGCGAGGAUCUGCACUGGGUGAAGUCCAGGAUGGCAGAAACACCCCCGAGCUCGUCUUGCCCGUCCUCCUUCACCUCCCGGCAGAGCUGGAGCGAGAGGUGGGGAAGGCAGAGGUCUCAGGGUGCCUGGGACAGCUCUGCAGAGGACAGGGAUGUGUGGCAUGGACGGGUUUGAAUUUCCCCAAGGAGGGGAGGCUUCAGCCUCCUUCCCUCCCGCCCUGCAGCUUCUCUUUUCCAUUGCAGUGAGGCUGGACAAGCUCUCGGAGGUGGCCAAGGUGAACACGGAUGCCAUGCGCUUGGCCCAGGAGGAGAUCUCCGAGUACCGCCGGCAGCUCCAGGCCAAGACCACCGAGCUGGAAGCCCUCAAAGGGACCCAGGAGUCGCUGGAGAGGCAGAGGCAGGACUCGGAGGAGCGCCAUCACGCAGAUGUCCUGUCCUACCAGGAAACCAUCCAGCAGCUUGACAGCGAGCUGAGGAACACCAAGUGGGAGAUGGCAGCUCAGCUCCGGGAGUACCAGGAUCUGCUCAACGUCAAAAUGGCCCUGGACAUCGAAAUCGCUGCCUACAGAAAGCUCCUGGAAGGAGAGGAAUAUCGGCUCGAGACUGGCAUUGGCAUGCUCUCCUACCCCGAGGUGGUCCCCAAGCCCCCCAGCAUCACCACCAGCAUCAAGGUGAAGAGCGAGGAGAAGAUCAAGGUGGUGGAAAAAUCAGAGAAGGAGACGGUGAUUGUGGAGGAGCAGACAGAGGAAAUCCAGGUGACUGAGGAGGUCACAGAGGAGGAGGAGGCUGAGAAAGAGGCUGAAGAGGAAAAAGCUGAAGAGAAGGAGGAGGAGGAGGAAGAAGAAGGGGAGAAAGCUGAAGAAGAGGGUGAAGAAAAGGCCAAGUCUCCUGCAAAGGAGGAGCCCAAGACCCCAGAGAAACCCGAGUCCCCCUCAAAGGAGGAGCCCAAGACCCCAGCAGUCAAGUCCCCUGAAAAGCCCCUGACCCCCUCCAAGGAGGGGGCCAAGACCCCAGUUGUGAAAUCCCCAGAAAAACCUGCAACCCCCUCAAAGGAGGAGGCCAAGAGCCCGGCUGUGAAGUCCCCAGAGAAACCCCCAACCCCCUCAAAGGAGGAAGCCAAAACUCCAGCUGUCAAAUCCCCUGAAAAGCCACCAACACCCUCAAAAGAGGAGGCAAAGUCCCCGACAGUGAAGUCCCCAGAGAAACCUGCACCUCCCUCAAAGGAUGAGGCCAAGACCCCGACAGUGAAAUCCCCAGAGAAACCCACACCCCCCUCAAAAGAGGAGGCCAAGACCUCGACUGUCAAGUCCCCAGAGAAACCCCCGGCCCCCUCUAAAGAGGAGGCCAAGAGCCCGGCUGUGAAGUCUCCAGAGCCACCGGCAACUCCCUCAAAAGAGGAAGCCAAACCCCCAUCUGUCAAAUCCCCAGAGAAGCCCCCAACCCCCUCAAAGGAGGAGGCCAAGCCCCCGGCUGUGAAGUCCCCAGAGAAAGUCAAAUCUCCUGUGAAGGAGGAGGCCAAGUCUCCGCAGAAGGAAGUGGCCCCAGCCAAGGAGCCGAGCCCUGCUCCGAAGGAGCCAAAGGCCCCUGCCAAGGAGGAGCAGCCCAAGGAGGUGAAGGCUCCCUCCAAGCCCGAGGAGGGUAAGAAGGAGGAAGCUCCCAAGAAGGAUGUCCUGGCCAAGGCAGAGGAGAAACCCAAAGAGAAGGCGGCUGCUGUGCCAGAGCCUCCAGCUCCGCAGGCCAAAGAGACCAAGCCAAGCCCCAAACCCACUGAAGAGGGAAAAGCUGAGGAGGCUCCAGCAAAACCUCAGCAUGAGGCCAGCAAGGCAGCCACCAAGGAGGCUGAGAAGCCAAAGGCUGAGGAGAAGGUGGAGGAGCCCAAGAAGAAAGUAGAAGAACCAAAGAAGGAGAAGGCAGAGGAGGCCAAGAAGGAGAAGGUGGAGGAGCCCAAGAAAGUGGAGGAGCCCAAGAAGGAGAAGGCAGAGGAACCCAAGAAAGUGGAGGAACCUAAAGCUAAAGCAAAACCCAAAGAUGAGCCCAAAGCCAGUAAGGAACCCCCCAAAGCCGAGGCUCCCUCCAGCAAGGAGGGCACAGCCCCAGAGCCAGGGAAGAAGUGAUGGAAGAGUCCCAGGCGCCGAAGGCACCUCCGGGCACAGGAGCUGCUCCGCUCCCUGCGAUGGCUGGGCCCGGGGUGGGACCCCAGGGACCCCCAGGCCAGGCUUUCCCUUAGCAAUAGGUCCGUGAGAGCCCCUCGGGUGGGCGACUGCUUCCCUCGCAGAACGUGAUACUCGCCGAGCGCCACAUUUAAACACUUGAAUUAUAACCCAGGAGAAGAGGGGGGACCCCCAGGGGAGCCCCACUGCCCUUCUCCUCUUAAGUGCAUUUAUUUAAUGUAUGUGCAAUGGAUGGAUGAGUGCAAUGCAGAGCUGUAGCUGCUUGGGGGGGCUGGCGGGGUCCUGCCCUGCCCUGGGGGGUGACAGUCCCUCUGGGCAGAGGUGGGAGAGGCUGGGAGCUGCUGGAAUGCUCACAGACACACACGGUGCACCAGGAACCUCAGCCCACUGAUCUUUGCUUUCUGUGCAAUAACCAAAUAAAAGUGCUUACGGAAACA